AUGUUUAGAUUUAUCAAAGAAUGGGACAAACUAGCUAUGUGGAAGCAACUUGGGUUCCCACUUAACGAAGCCACUGCAGUUAAAAUUGAUAGCAUUACAUCGUUUUUGGUAACACCGCCGUCGUUGAUGAAUACAUGUAUCGAGAAUAUUCGACAUUACUUGCAUGCACAACCUGAAUUGUCCAAUCAGGAAAAGCACACCGCCGCAUUCAUUGUCAAUUGUUUACAAGAAAGUGGUGCAAAGCGCAUCAUUACUGGAUUGGGUGGGUAUGGAGUUGCUGGAGUAUUCAGUGGACUUGAAACGGGAACAAGAGUAAUGCUACGUGCCGAACUCGAUGCUUUACCGAUUAGUGAAAGAGGAGAAGAACGAGAAUGGUGUUCGCAAAAUGAGCAUGUCGCUCAUAGUUGUGGUCAUGAUGGGCACAUGGCCAUAUUGCUUGGUAUUGCUAAACGACUUGCCUGCACGCCUCCUACUCGUGGCGAAGUGGUGUUACUCUUUCAGCCUGCUGAAGAGAUUGGAACUGGUGCGAGCGCUGUGAUUAACAGUGAAAAGUUCGAUACGUCACUGUAUCCUGAUGUUGCUUAUGCUCUACACAAUCAACCUGGGCGUCCCUUCGGCGAGAUAUCAAUAAGAGAAGGAGCAUUCGCUUGUGCCUCACGAGGUAUGAUUGUAAGACUCUACGGUCGCUGCUCUCAUGCUGCUCAUCCAGAACAAGGAUUGAGUCCAGUACGUACGAUGCGUCACUUGUUGGAAGAGUUAGAACAAUUGCCACAGCGCUUGUUUCCAUCCGAAGAUCUUCGAUUAGUGACAGUAGUUCAUGCACAAUUAGGUGAAGUGAGAUUUGGUACAACACCAGGUGAAGCAGUAAUAAUGGUCACAUUGCGAACAGCCACCGAUGCUUUGAUGCAACCACUUGUAGAGGCUGCACGUGAAUCAAUUGAACGAAUGACUCUAGAAACAGGACUAACCUAUGAUAUUGAGUUUCAAGAUGUCUUUACCGCAGUAUUUAACGAUGAACAGGCCACAAAAGAUGUCAUUCAUUGUGCACAGAAAUGUGGGAAAAUGUUAUCAGUAUUGCAGGCGCCGAAUCGUUGGUCAGAAGAUUUUGGUGUUUAUUCUGCUGUAUGCCGUUGUGCUAUGUUUCUUUUAGGUGCGGGUGAAGCGACGUCUGUUCUGCAUGAUUCAGCUUACGACUUUCCCGACGCACUUAUUGAACAUGGAGUGGAAAUGUUCUGGGCAUUGUUGAACGAACAACGGUUGUUCGACAACUGA